AUGUCGCUACACUGGCCCAGUGGGGACGGAGUGUUCACCGAAGUCAAAAAGUUCUUCCCCAUCUACCCUGGUGCCAACCUCCCACCAAGCCUUAAGCUAUCCACCGCCCCACCAGCCAAUCUGGACUCCUUCCACCCCCAAUUCCGGCUCUGGUACGAGGCAAUGAAGUACCUUCACGAUCACAAUGAGUCCCAGAGUAUCCAUUCCCACGCCCACAUCUUCAGCGCCGACACCAUCCCAACCGAUCGAUUUCCAGACAGCGACCUAGCUACGCAUCUGACAUAUUCCCCAUCCACCGUCAGUGCAUUUGCAGCUGAGGUCCCCACAUACAAAGCCCUCUUCAAAGAAUUCAAACGGCACUCGGCCCUCUCUACUGUAGCAUCUACUAAUCAUGUCACUACCCAAGAAGCUCCAGCAGCCCCCCUUCCAGCAGGGGCCCCAUUCGAUAGCGAACUUUUUGCCCAGAUCAUGGCCAACGCUCUCAAAGGCGCCAAUGCCAGCACCAAGGAAAAAGAUCUGGCCCGCACUUCAGCCAACGCCUUUGCCACAUUCUUGGAAAUCGGUUCGAUCAAAGAGGCCCUACGCCACCUCCAUGACACCUUUGCCCACAUCACCGAUACCCUCACCACUCGGAACAACUACGACCACAACGUCGACUUCGAUAUUGCCCUCUUCCAACACGCUACAGUCACUGCCCUCAAAACAUGCAGCUUUGGAGUUCGACCCCUCACCAUGCACCCCCACGAAGCCACCUCACUUCCCAGCCUCCUCGCUUGGCUCCCACCGAACAAAAAUGAUGUCAGGUACACCAAUUUCCUCUCGGAAGGCCGAGACAUAAUCCGCCAGGAAGCCAUGGAAGAAGACAAGUCGAAGCAAGCCGCGAAAAAGACAGACAUCUUUGUUCAUGGCGACGUCAGUUCUGUCGAAGCUCUGAUCAAGAUGUUAGCGAAUUUCUUUGCCUUUGUCAAAUACUAUGUCAAAGACUUUACCUUCGAUGACCCCCCGUUAAUCAUCACACUCUUGGAGGAUUUCAUGAACGCCCUCCACCCACCUGCUGCCAAAGAUUGGAUCCGUUAUAAUGCCGCAGUCCCCCACUUCCCACUGUGUCUCCUCCUCGAAAUGAACCAGAUCUUGCAGAUUGUUUUGGGAGCCGCAAAAAACAAAACGACCCAGUGUAACCUUCGUAAUGGCCAACCGAUCAUGGCAGACACGUUCGUGAACGCUUUCAAUGGAGUCACACAAGCCAUCAGCCACAUCAAUCUCUCCAUCAGUAUGGGCAACCUUGGCCCGUCCGGCACAUGCCCCAACCUGCAUGCUAUUCUCAAUGGAAAACCAACCCCCGCUCCCAAACGUGAGAGCCCCAAUUCCCGUGAACAGCCCAACCCAACCAAGCGCGCAAAGCACCCACCUCAAGGAACUCAUCCCGGAUACCUGACGUAUGACGGCCCAGGCCGACUUCCAAUUGCCCCCUUCAAAUGUAAACACCCCAUCACCGGCAAACAGGCAGCCUUCUGUUCCCAUUUCUUAUUUGCCAAUUACCAUUGCAACCGCCCCCGCUGCCACAAUAUCCACUACACCAAACAGUUUGCAGCAACUAUGGGAUCUGCUGACACCGAGGCAUUUGAAAAAUUCAUUGAAAAAAACCCCUGGGGUGACCCGCUCGGCCCCAAAGCCUCAUGGUUAGUUCCACCAACUCCAUUACUUAAAUACCAUUCAACCCGUCAGUGA